ACGAACUUUAUAUCCGAUGUUAUUUGUAACUGUACAAUGAAAGAAAUUUUACACGCUACGCGUAUUCUAAACUUUUUACGACUAUAAAUACGAUAGCGCAUGUUGAAUAUGGAAUUGUGGGAAAAAAUUAUCAUAGAAUGGAUUGAUUGUUUACAAGUGCAAAAAGAAUCAAUAAAAAGUACAACAGAACUACAUGAUGGAGAAUUUUAUAUCAAUUUCCUAAAAUUAAUAAAAUGGAAGAAACAUGAGAGCUAUAAUCAAGAAGAUAUUAUUAUCAAAUUUUUAGAAGCUGAAUAUCCUAGUUUUAAAGUCAACAAAGAUGAUAACACAGAACAUAUAUAUAUUGCAUCUUUAUUACUGAUACAUGCAUGCCGAAUGCUGUCUGCAAUACAUCAUUCUCUGCAAUACAAUAUGUGUGACAAUUUGAAGAACGAAACACAAAUUAGAGUUAAAGCUUUUCUGGAAAAUGUUUUGCCGCUUGGAAGAGACAUCACUAAAGAAACUCUAAAAGAAGUCAUUAUGGAGGUUGAAGAUACAUCAACAACUGCAAAUAGUCGUAGAACACCACCCAUGCAGAAAUUUUCCAGUUCUCCUGUAGCUUGUUCUACACGUAGUAAAAAAAUUAUGACUGACCGAAUUCGAGAACUAAGAGAUUUAAAAUGUAGUUUAGCAGUAGAACGAUUUACUAAUGCAGACUUACGGGAUGACAUCAUGAUUCAGCAUGAAAAAAUACAGAAAUUACAGAAAAAACUUAAUGAAAAAUCAAUGGAAGUAAAGGCAUUACGAGAGGAAAAAAUGAGACCAAGUACCCCAAAGCCUUCUCAGACAAAGGAUGAUUCACAAGAGAAUUAUUAUAAAAAAUAUAUUAUUGAUUUGGAAAGUCAAUUGAACAAACAACAAAAAGAAAUUAAUAAAUUAGAGACAGACAAAGAUACUCUAUCGAAAAAGCUGUCUUGUGUGCAAAGGACAUAUGUACGUUAUAAAGAAGAUUUUACAAAUUGUGAACAGUCCUUAGAAUCUUUAUCAAGCAAAAUUGAAGCAAAAGAUAGAGAAUUGGUAGAACUUAGAAUACAUAAUGAAGAAUUACGCGCACGUAUCAAAGAAUUGGACAAAAAUUUCGGUACAGAACAAAGUUUUGAAGUUGAAGAUUUACCAUUUUCUACCACAAUGUCACUUAAUGUUAGUGAAGCUCUAAGUUCUGUGAUUGAAAUUCAACUUCAGGAAGCUAAAGAAGAAUCUGCUAUAUUGCAUGCUCAGCUUGAUACAUUAAAAGGGAAAUUAGAUAUUCUUACAAAGGAUUAUAAAACUGCAAUGGAAUCAAAUAGAGAUUUGCAGAAAAAGGUGGAAACGCUGGAUCGAGUGCAAGUAGAAUUAAAUAAUGUGCAAAAAAAAUUAGAAAUAUCAAAUACAGAUAUUAUAAAUUUACAAGCAGAGAAAACAUCUCUUGUUGCACAAAAUGAAGAUUUGAAAGACUUACUUUCAUUUAGGGAAAAAGAAUUGUUUAAAAUAGAAGAGUCAAAUACUGCAUUAAAUACAGAAUUGGUUAAUUCAAAAACAGACAUGAAGAAUUUGAAUGAAUUGCUUGAAAAAGAAAAGAUUAAUUCUUCAAAUUUAAACAAUAUUCUAGUGCAAACAAAAUUGCAAAUAACAGAACAUCUUACACAUAUUCAUAAACUUACUGAUGAAAGAGACUCACUUAAAUCUUCUAUUGAAAAUUGCAAUAAAAGUUUAAAAGAUAUUUUAUGUUCUGACAAUCAAUUUAUACAAGUUGAAACUGACAAUUUAGAUAAUUUGACACUUAAUGAUCUUAUGAAAUAUAUUGGCACACUAUUACAUAAUUACAACGCAGCAUGUGUUUCAUAUAAAUAUGAUAUUGAUGAACUAAAAUCGACAAUAGAUGAAAAAAAUACAAACUUAUCUACACAACAAUUAACUAUUACAGUUUUAGAAAAACAAAAUAAGCAAUAUCUUAUAGAACUAGCUGAUAUUGAAAAAGAUAAAAAGCAAAAAGAUUUAUUGUUAAAUGAACAGAAAGAAACUAUCCACAAAUACUCACAGGAAGUUGAAGUUUUAAGAGAAAUCAGAGAUGAAAAACUUGUUUUAGAAUUAAAUGCACUUGAGUUAAGAAAUAAUUUAAUCAAUCUAGAAUUAUUAUUAAAUUCUCUUAUGAUGCAGUUGAAAGAGUUGCAGAAUGUGAAAGAUGUAAAAUUAAUAAAAGAAGAAACUCAACAAAUCUUUAUUAAAUAUCAACAAAAUAUUGAACCAACAUUUAAAAAAUUGCAAUGUGAUUAUCAGAAAAUGCAUUAUAGCUAUAACAAAAUACAAGAAGAAAAAAAAGAGUUAGAAUGUAAUCUCAAUUGCAAUAAAGAGGAAUUAUCAAUUAAUCAAAUAAUAAAUGCAAAAUUGCAUUUUUUAUUACAACAGCAAAAUUUAUUAGAAAGUGAAAAAACAAUAAGUAGUUUGAAAGAAAAGAAUAGAAUUCUCUGCAACGAAUUAAAUGAAUCUAAACAAACUGUGCAAAACUUAAAAGAAAAAAGUCGAGCAAUGGAAGAACGCUGUAAAACUAUAGAAAUUGAAGAAAGUGACAACUUGGAAUGUCUUAAAUCAGAAAACGCUACAAUAUCAUUAAAGUUCAAAGAUGCUACUGAUAAGCUCAAUUUAUUACAACAAGAAUUAAACGACACAAACACACAAAUGGAAUUGAAAAAAACGCAGAUUCACGAAUUAUUUUUGGAUGUUACCUCUUUAAAAAAAGAAAAAGAAUAUUUGGAGCAGUCACAUGAAGAAAAACUUGAAGCAAAGAAUAAAGAGAUAAAAAUGAAAGAAGAAGCAUUACUAAUGUCAGAAGCUAAAAUGAUAAAGCUAACAAACGAAACAAAUAUUAUGGAAAAGAAGAUGAAAGAAAUAAUUAUUAAUCUUCAAGAAAUAAGGUCUAGCCAGGAUGCUGUUUUGGCAACUCAGGAAGCAGCUCUGAAAGAAAAGUGUCUACACAUAAAAGAGCUUCAGGAGCAGUUUGAUAACUCUAAGGAAAUACUGAACAAGGAACUUGAAGACACAAAAUCGUCAUUGCAUGAGUAUCAAACCAAAUUUUUCAAUUUAGAAAAUCAGAUUAACAAUCAAGACAAGGUUACAGCAGAAUUGCAAGAAGCAUUAAGAGAAAUGAGUGCAGAGCUUGAAAUAAAGAAGGAACACUGUAAGCAAAUAGAUGCAAGUCAAGUGGAAAUUGUAAAAUUGUGUCAAGAAUUGGAACAUCCAACAAAAAAGUUAAAUUCUACAAUUAUAGAAACAUGUUCGGAUUUUGAUUUUCUCGACCAGGAUUUAUAUCAUUUACCUCAAUAUAAGUAUACAGAUCAUAAAGUCAUAAAUAUUUCAAAUAUUAUUAAGAUGACUCUUGAUGAAUUACAUAAAUCUCAGAGAGUUAUUCUGCAUUUGUCUUGCACAAAUGCUGAAUUGAAUAAAACUUUGGCAGAUAAAAAAAUACUUAUAGAUAACUAUAUAAAAGACAAAGAGGAAGUCUGCAGUUUGAAGAAUAAAAUACGAGAAUUAGAAAUAAUAGCUCAGAAGCGAAAUAAAUAUCUUAAGAACCUUAUAAAAAAUAAGGAAUCUUUCAAAAAUUCUUUGCAAAAAGUGAUUGCUUCACAGAACGAUUUAGAUACUGUUUUAACAUCGUUCAAGAAAAAGUGGAAUGAAAUACUAACAAAGUUUCAACAUAUUUUUCAUAUCGAGAGCUCUGUUUGUGACGAAUUUAAACAGUUGCUAGCUAAAAAGGCAAAUCUUGAAAAUAUAUUAUCGAAAUCUCAAAUCGUCUAUUCAGAAAAUAUUAAAUCUGUAUUCGAUAUUUUAUGGAAGAAGUUCUUGUGGACGGAACAACAAUUGCAUGAUACUUACUUAUGUUCAAUUCAUGAAAAGGAAUGUCUCGAUGUAUUAACAAGUGUAGAAGAGGAUCAAUUUGCUGACGAAAAAGUGAUAAUUGAUGUAGAGAUGGAAAAGCAUAAAACAUUGCAAACUGAUGUAAUGAAAUCUGAUGAAGAAAUAGAAUCUUUUGCAACUUUGGCCACAUUUUACGAGAAUAGUUUAAAAUCUAGCAAAAUCAAGAAUCAAACAGAAAUAGAGAAGAAACUACAAAAAAUUAAUCAAUUGACAAACGAAAAUAAAGAUCUAAAAAAUAAAAUAGAUACCAUGCGUUUGAGAAUUGUGAAAUUAGAGAAGAGUAUUGACGAACUUAGGACGGAGCUAAAGCUAAAAUCAGCGGAGAAGGCGCCAAUGGAAAUUAAUUUGGAAGAAGUGGAAUCUCUGAAGGAUGAAUUGAAAUGUUUGAAAGAACAGAAUCAGCAAUUACGUGAAGAAAAGGAUAUGUCGAGCAAGAUUGCAAAGCAAGAAUUUGAAAAUAGGAUAAAAAAAGAAUAUGAUGUUACAUACGAACAGAAAUUUGAAGAUUUGAAGCAAAAAAUGAAAAUAGCCUACAAUGAGAAAAUGACGAAGUUAUAUAAAGAUAACGAAAAGGUCAUACAGGAAAAAUUACAGACUCAAAUGGAGAUAAUGUGUCAGAAACAAGAAGAAAAAAUCAAUAAAUAUAAAGCACAUGCUGAUGAUUUAAACUCACGACUUUGGACUUUGGGAGAUCAGCUCGUGAUUGAACGGCAACAAAAGGAAAAUGCGUUACACCGUUUGAAAGAAUUACAAACCAAGCACAAGGAAGUUGAAGUAAAUCAACCAACAACUACAAUUUCGCGCAAAACUUGCAAAAUAGAGAAGCAAGAGAUAUCACCUGAAAAUACACAACAAGCAACUAUGUCACAAAAAGUGACAACACUAAUAACAGAAGAAACAUUCGAAAGAAGGCAUAGUCUUAGAAGUAUGCAAGCAAUGGGUAAUGUGUUUAAAACGGAGGAUGAAGAAGAAAUCUUUGAUAAUGUUUAUUUAGCUGAUAUAAAGAGAGGCAAAUGUUUACCUAUUGCGGAUGUGGACCGUUUGUCUAUAUUACAAAUGAGGAACUCUCUCUGCAAACCUCAUCUAAAAUCAUCUUAUCCAGCGGAAAUGCAAUUUCUUCCUUCAACUUUGACUGAAGAAGAGAUUAAGACGGGCUCUCCAGUAGAAGAUAAUUUUAACGAUAGUCUUAGCCAAAGUCUUCUUCCAGAACAAAAACCUAGGAAAAAAGAUAGAUCUCAGAUAUCAUAUAAAAAACCUGGUCCUCCAACUCCAAGUAAAAAUGGGGGAAGAUUGUCAUUGCAGGGUAAUGAAUUAAAAAGCCCAAAUUCACGCAUAUUAAGAGAACGGAAUACGGAUAGAAAAACAAUGAUCACUCCUCACUCAUUAAAAAACAUAUUCUCUUUAAAACGACAAGAUGAAAAUGCAUCCAGCACACCCAAACGCAGACUCAGUAAUAUUUUUCGUAAAUCUCGAAUGCCAUAGGAUUAAUUGGAUGAGUAGAUAUGAUGUAUAUAUAUAUAUAUAUAUAUAUAUACAUACAUACAUACAUACAUACAUAUAUAUAUAUAUAUAUGAUCAAAUUUUGUACAAAGAAUAACUUUCCUACUAUAAUUAAUCCUACAGAGUAUUUUAAUCUAAUUAUUAUAUAGAUGUUUUUUAUAUUGUAGAUGAAUAGAAAAAAUAAGGACUUAUAAUUUUUUGCUCUGCAAUCAUUCUUAUUCUUUCUCAUAAUGUUAUUCUGUGUUAGGUGAUAAAUAAAAUCAUUUCAAUCUUCUAAUAUAUAAUAAUUGUAAAUAGCACAUGAUUAAUAAAUAAUUAAUUAACACUUUAUAAAUUCAUUUCAAUGUACAAAGCGUUACUGCAAACUAUAUAGGAACAAUGAGAUAAAAUUAUUUUCUGCUUUAAUCUAUGUGGGAAAAAACACAAAUCGCUUGUAAUGAGACGAAGAUUAUUUUUGAUAUUUGCCAACUACUAAGUCAAUUACUUUUACACUCUUUUACAAUUAUGUUAAAAAUUGUAAAAGUAUAUUUGGUCUAUUCUGUCUCUACAAUGCAUUCACAAAUAAAUUUAUGCCAACAAAUUGUAUCUGUUUAUUAAAAAAAAAAAUUAUUAAAUAAUUAAAAUAAAAAGAGAAAUAAUUUGUUUAAAGCAAUCAUUUUUACAUAAAAGAAAUACAAAUAUUGCAUAUUAUUUGUCUAAUGUAUCAUGAGAUAAAUUCAAUCUCUCGUAGAAAACUAAAAAACUUCACUUACAUAUAAUAAUGCUGAUCUAUUAGAAUAAUUUGUCAAUACUUUCUCUCUAAAAGCUUUCCUAUGCCAUAUAUGUUAUAAACACAUAUCACAAUACAUGUAACUAAAUGCUGAAACUAAAACUUUUAUGACAUAUAUAUA